AUGUCGGUACCACCAAAGGUUUUUCGAGAUACGCUAGCCCAGGUAUCAGGAAAAAUGUUGACACCUGUAGACAUUAACAACCUUAAACAAAAAUUACGAAUGGAAGAUAGCAAUGGCGCUACUGAUGUGACACUUUUAAUGGAAACUCUUGAUAACAUUUUAGAACAGGAACCUGGUAGUUAUGUUGAAAUUACCAUAGGUGACGAUGGCAAGAUUACGAACAUUUUUAUUCAACUGCCAUUCAUGAAAGAAGCCUUAGUCAAGUUUCCUGAAGUUCUAUUACUUGACGGGACAUACCGAAUUAAUAACACAAAGAUGCCGCUUUACACAUUCAUGGUUGAGUAUGGCUACGGUUGCAGCAUUCCUGUAGGUCAUUUCUUUGUUGCAAAUGAAAACAUGGAGACGAUUGCAGCAGGAUUUGAAUCGUUGAAGAAAUCGGUUGGUGUAAAAAUACUGAGUCAGAAUCAAGUGUUCUUGGUAGACAAGGACUUUACGGAAAUAGGUUUGGUUAGAAAGUACUUCCCAGAGUCAGCGAUUCAUUUAUGCCUAUUUCAUGUGUUUAAGACUUUUAGAAGCGAAACAACCAAGAUCUUAGGAAAGAACAGAAAUGAAAUAACAGAACUAGUUGAAAAGAUAGUGUACUGUUCAACAGAAGAAACCUAUGAGGAAUUAUACGCUCAGCUGCUUGUAAAGACUACUUCCCAGUUUGAGGAGUACUUAAAAAAAAAAAACUGGCAUGAAUGUAGGCACAUGUGGGUGUCAGCUUGGCGAAAGAAGACUGUGACAUUUGGUAACCGCACCACCAAUAGGUUAGAAUCAUUCCACCACAAGUUGAAAGAAGUGAUGAAAUCUAUGCAGUCUGUAGCAGAAUGUGUUCGUGGCCUUGUGCGGUUCAGUAACAGGAAAGAGUUUGAAAUCGAACAUCGUCGAUUUCUGUCAAAAUCCACAGUUGCCUACUGUGCCUCUGCUAACCAUGAAGGCUUAGAUGGACUGGUGGUUGAUUUCCCUAUUGUCUAA